ACUUGUCACCGCCGACGCGCGGGCGCUGCGAAGCCCAGAAUCACAGCCGCCGAGGGAUUUGGAGCGAAGAAGUGGAGAACCCGAGGGAACUUGCCGGUCGACAGCAACCUCCUUGAGGGGCAGCCCUUUUGGUGUAACCGAAAGCUCGUUGAUCAUACCUGCCAACACAGGUGUCUGGUUUCAGGGACAUAAGGAACCCCGCCGUCGUUGUGUUGUGCGGACGACAAGUGACGGGUACCAAUAUUUUUUUGGGUGUGAUACACAGCAAACAACAAGCGUCGCGUCCGUGCCCAGCAACGCCCCGUAGAAACCCACGUCGACAGCCCACUUGGACGGUUAUCUGACAGGCAGUCUCACCGCCAUGAGCUCCGCUGCAGGUCUGUCUCGACGACGUGUCGCCAACACCGGUUCAUCGUCAGACGAUACCUCCAGCUCUGCUUGGCAUGCGAAUGGUUCUGCCUCUAAUGGCGCUGUUUUAUCCCAUGCUGGCUCAGCGUUCGAGGGUGGUAAUAAAAUUGCGUUCGACCCUCGCGACCUCGAUCAAGACCGGGAAGAGAGCCGCACUGGCGGCAAGUUGCCUCGCCUGACUAUCAUGGAGGAAAUUCUUCUGCUUGGUUUGAAAGACAAGCACGGUUAUCUUUCUUUCUGGAACGACAGUAUCUCUUAUGCUCUUCGAGGAUGCAUACUCGUGGAGCUUGCACUCCGUCGCCGGAUAGCUCUCGUCAAGGACGUCAACCGGCGUAAAUACCCCAUCGGCGACCGCAUAGUGGAGGUUAUUGAUGAUAGGCAGACUGGCGAGACCAUACUGGACGAGACGUUGAAAAUGAUGAAGGCCCAAGAAGUGGACAGGUUUACAAUAAAUGGAUGGAUUGAUCUUCUCAGCGGUGAGACGUGGAAUGUGAUGAAGAUAGGUUACCAGCUUAAGCAGGUUCGCGAACGGCUUGCCAAAGGCCUGGUGGACAAGGGUAUUCUUCGGACGGAGAAACGCAAUUUUCUAUUAUUCGACAUGGCCACCCAUCCCGUGGCCGAUAUCCGAAGCAAGGAUGCGAUCAUCGCGCGUGUAGUGUCUCUGCUGACGGCCAAUACCUCGACAAUUCCGCCGAGCGCACUGGAUAAGGAGGGAACACAAUGCAGGGUCACGCGUGCCAUAUGUUUGGUGUGCGCGGCUUAUGCAGCAAGUGUCCUGGACAAUGCUCUUGGACGAUUAACGUACGAAGAUCGGGAAGCAGCUUUUCAGCGGUGUGACGAAAUCUUGGCGGAAUUUUCGUCUUGGCCAUUCGGGAGUAAUUUAGGGCAAGGUACGGCAAGCGGGCGCCGACGAGAGGCACCACGGAUCGGGAUGGGCAGCACGGUGCCAAGCGGGAGAGAGAGCCUUUUGGGGUUGUUGCAAGAAGUCAAGCGAGAGAUGAAUGGGGAAGAGGACCUUGGAUUCGAGUUGAUCGCUGGUGUUCUGGAGGUGCUUUCGAAGUUGGAUUCUCUCCUGUGAGAUUUUUUUUUUCUGUCCUGAGAUCACUGGUUCUCCACAUUCGUUACAUUGUCGUACGCUUGGGUAUGACCCAAAUAUCUAUGUGAUUAGUAGGCACUCGGACAUGAUGCAUGAUGGCCCGCCACCGGGUCGAUAAGCUCCACUGAUCGACUGAUGCGUCUAAACCUGUUUCGUACAUGAGUGACGACGAGUUUCUCAGCCGGUUGCAGGGACUGGCUGUGUUUCGCUGUGUCUCAGAUGACCAGGCAGCUUUGCGCAGUGGGCCAGCCGUUGUUCCCGCAAGUCAACGACAGUGGGUCU